GAGAUCUAGCACACACUCUCCUGUGAUCAAAGUGAUCAAAGGCACACUCCUGUGAUCUGGGAUCUCAUCGCACAUAGGUGGUGCUGAACCCUCUCAGAAAUUAAGUCAUUCUCUCGUUUGGAUUUUUACAGACACAUAUAUACAGAAACUGUGAUGGACUUUGCAUUUGGCCUGCUGAACUGCAUCUAGAUAAACAGUCUACACUUUAGAACUGGACUCUGCAUCCCGCCUUUGUCCGCACUCUCACCUGAUCACCAAUCUAGUGUCCUGGUCCGAAUGAAGUGACUGUAACCUGGUGAGUCUGGCAGUUGAAUUAAGAUACAAGGGAGAUGGCAGAAAAAAUUGCUCUUUUUGAAAACUACCUGAGUUGCCAUGUGUGCUCAGAAACUUUCAAAGAUCCUGUAUCUCUGGACUGCAACCACAGCUUCUGUGCAAGCUGCCUGCAAGAAUUGUGGAAACAAGCCAAAAAUAAAAACUGUCCGAUGUGUAAAAAAACAACCUCAAAAGAUUAUGGAGUGAACUUUAUACUGAAGAAACUGGCUGAUACCUUCACUGGGAGACACGAAGCUGCAUCAUCAGAGACAGAAAAAGGAAAUAAGUCCCUGACAGUGUUGUGUAGUAAACAUGAAGAGGAGCCCAAAUUGUUCUGUAAGGAUGAAGAUAGAGCUGUGUGUCCUGUCUGUGAUCCUUCUCUGCACCAGAGUCACAAGUUGGUUCCUAUAGAACAAGAAGUGGCUGACCUGAAGGAGCAGCUGAAAUCUGACUUAAAGUCUCUCCAGGACAAGAGGGAUGAAUAUGAAGAAGUGGAGAAAACGUACAAUAAAAUGAUUCAACACUCCAAGAAGCAGCUGUUGUUCACAGAGAAGCAGAUCAGAGCAGAGUUCAACAAGCUCCAGCAGUUCCUGAAAGAGGAAGAGGAGUCCAGACUGGCAGCUCUGAGGGAGGAAGAGGAGCAGAAGGGGAAGACUGUCAGCAGAGAGUUGAAGAGGAUUCAGGAGCAGAUCUCCUCUCUGACAGACAGUAUCUCUGCUGUCAGAGAAGACCUGCAGAAACACAACAUGCCGUUCCUCAGCAGUUAUGGAUCCACUCAGGCCAGAGCCAGAGCCCAGAGCUCGCUGUCGGAGCCUCAGCCACUCUCAGAAGCUCUGAUAGAUGUGGCCCAACACCUGGGCAACCUGUCCUUCAGGGUCUGGGAGAAGAUGAAGGAGAAGGUCCAACUCAGUCCCGUCAUCCUGGACCCAAACACCGCAAACCUGUAUCUCUAUCUGUCUGAUGAUCUGACCACUGUGAGAUGUGGAGACACACAUCAGCAGCUCCCAUACAAUCCAGAGAGAUUUAAUAGAUGUAUCAUUGUUCUGGGCACUCAGAGCUUCAGCUCAGGGAAACACAGCUGGGAGGUGGAGGUGGGAGACCAUCCUGUCUGGAAUAUAGGUUUGGCAAAACAGUCAGUUGACAGGAAGGGAGAGUUAUUUCAUUCACCAGAAUAUGGAAUCUGGUGUUUAUGGCAUCGUUAUGGACAAUACACCAAUGGUUUUUGUGUGACUGUGACAAUGAAGAAGAGUCUCCAGAGGAUCAGAGUCCAGCUGGACUAUGAUGGGGGGGAGGUGUCCUUCUACGACCCCAAAGACAUGACUCACCUUUACACUUACAGAGACACUUUCACUGAGAAACUCUUCCCAUAUUUUGCAAUUGGUCCUGCUGGUGAUGCCAAAACCACUGAUAUGAAAAUCUGUCAAAGUGAGAUUUGUCUGGGAUGGAGGUAGGGAUUUUAAGUUUUUCUAUCAAUGUUGUUUGGGAUUUAUUUCACUCUAAACUCAUCAUCACACUUCACCAAACUUUAAAAAAAAACAAGAUUUGUUGUUGAGGUUCAUCUAACGUUUGUUAUCCAAAAUGGUGUUAAUGUAAAUAACUGAAAACAUGUACAACUCAUCGAUUGUUUUCGGGUGAAAAUAGAACACUUACUACAUACAUGCACUGAAUUCACUGUGUAUUUAGAUGAUUAGAAGAAGCCAGGUCAACAACAGUUGAUCCAGAGUAGUAACAGCUCUACUAAAUGAUGAAACUGAUCUGUCAUCAGAUCAAGUGAUAAACCUUUAUCACAGGUUCAAGUCGAGGAUGAUUUUUCAACAAUAACUUAUCAGCCUGAUAAGCAGAUUUCUGUUGUCGUUCAACCACUAUAUUGACUGUAUAAAAAUAAUUUGUAAUUUUGCGAUUUUUAUUUUUUAAUUUGAUCAUCAUGUUUUGGAUCGUAAGAUUUUUUGAUUGAUUAUUAUUUCUUCUGUUGCUCAAGAUAAUUGAUCCGUCGGUGGGGGUCACAACCAUUGUUUCAGUUUUUGGUUUCUACUUGGGGCCUCCAUCGUUUAACCUUCAUAUGCUCCCGCUUGGACAAAUCAUUAAUGACAAUUUUAUUUGUUAUCACCUCUAUGCUGAUGACACCCAAAUGUACUUAGCCAUCUUACCUCACGAUUACGGUCACCUGGAAUCUCUCUGUCAAUUGUUGGAUGUUUCAAAUUUUCCUUCAGCUGAAUAAGGACGAAACUGAAAUAAUCACAUUUGGAAAAAGGCAGGAGAGACUUAAAGUUGCCACUCACCUUGACACGAAAGGACUUAAAACGAAGAACUCUUUCUAGCCAAACAUAGGGACCUUAUGUCAAAACACGAUUUACAAAAACAAAUUCAUGCCUUCAUUUCCAGCAGGGUAGUCUACUGCUCCUCACAGGCCUCCCUAGAAAGUACUAGAAAGUACUGACCACAUUACUCCAACCCUCAAGUCCUAACACCAGCUUCCAAUAAAUCACAGAAUUGACUUUAAAUCACUGAAAUACCUUCAGGCAGAGCUAAACAUGGCGAAGCAGUUUUUAGCUCACAUGCUUUUUGUUAACUGAUAGUUGGCAUAGUCGGGGCCCAAGGCGUAGUAUAAUUUUACUGCAGUGACUGUCUUCCACCAAGAAAGGUUAAGUAGAACAAAUACUAUUUUAAUAUAUGCUAUUUUAUGUUCCUAUUCUAUUUGAUAUACUUCUAUACCUUUUGUUUUUACUCCCUCUCAUGCACUCAUAUGCUAUUUUAUGCUCCCAUUCUAUUUGAUAUACUUCUAUACUUUUGUUUUUUUAAUUCCUCUCAUGCAUUCUCUUGUAAUGCACUUCACCUUUUAAUUUAUUGUAUUAUUUCUUGAUGUUCUUUCAUCUGCUCAUUUGCAAAGCUCUGUGAAUUAAUUGUGCUAUAUAAAUAAACUUGCCUCACCUUG